GGACGCGGGCCAGGGGCGCGGCGGCGGGUUCACGCUUUGGCUGAAUCACAACCAUUUGGUGCUGAGCUAUGACAAGAGAGGAAACCAAACGUUAAAGGAGCAGCUCGGCCCGUACGUGACGAGAGAAGUUCACUGAUAACAUGCUCUUAAGAAGCUCGGGAAAAUUAAAUGUGGGCACCAAGAAAGAGGACGGCGAGAGGACGGCCCCCACCCCUCGCCCCAGGACCCUUCGUUGUAGAUGCCACCACCACUGUCCAGAGGAUUCAGCCAACAACAUCUGCAGCACAGAUGGAUAUUGCUUCACAAUGAUAGAAGAAGACGACUCCGGAAUGCCUGUUGUCACCUCUGGAUGUCUGGGACUAGAAGGGUCAGAUUUUCAAUGCCGAGACACUCCUAUUCCUCAUCAAAGAAGAUCAAUCGAAUGCUGCACAGAGAGGAAUGAAUGUAAUCAGGACCUACACCCUACAUUGCCUCCACUGAAGAACAGAGAUUUUGUUGAUGGAGCUAUCCACCACAAGGCCUUACUUAUAUCUGUGACUGUGUGUAGUUUGCUCGUGGCCCUCAUUAUUUUAUUCUGUUACUUUAGGUAUAAAAGACAAGAAGCCAGGCCUCGGUACAGCAUUGGGCUAGAGCAGGAUGAAACUUACAUUCCUCCUGGAGAGUCCCUGAGAGACUUGAUUGAGCAGUCUCAGAGCUCGGGAAGUGGAUCGGGGCUCCCUCUGCUGGUGCAAAGGACGAUAGCUAAGCAAAUUCAGAUGGUGAAGCAGAUCGGAAAAGGCCGCUAUGGGGAAGUGUGGAUGGGAAAGUGGCGUGGAGAAAAGGUAGCUGUCAAAGUGUUCUUUACCACAGAGGAAGCCAGCUGGUUCCGCGAGACUGAGAUAUAUCAGACAGUCCUGAUGAGGCACGAAAACAUUCUGGGGUUUAUUGCUGCAGAUAUCAAAGGGACUGGGUCCUGGACUCAGUUGUACCUCAUCACAGACUAUCAUGAAAAUGGUUCUCUUUAUGACUAUCUGAAGUCUACCACGCUGGAUGCGAAGUCCAUGCUGAAAUUAGCCUACUCUUCAGUCAGCGGCCUAUGCCACUUACACACGGAAAUCUUUAGCACUCAAGGCAAACCAGCCAUCGCCCAUCGAGACCUGAAGAGUAAGAACAUCCUGGUGAAGAAAAAUGGGACUUGCUGCAUAGCAGACCUGGGUCUGGCCGUCAAGUUUAUUAGUGAUACAAAUGAGGUUGACAUCCCACCCAAUACCCGGGUUGGCACCAAGCGCUAUAUGCCUCCAGAAGUGCUGGAUGAGAGCUUGAACAGAAAUCACUUCCAGUCUUACAUCAUGGCUGACAUGUACAGCUUUGGACUCAUCCUCUGGGAGAUCGCGAGGAGAUGUGUUUCAGGAGGUAUAGUAGAAGAAUACCAGCUUCCGUAUCAUGACCUGGUGCCCAGUGACCCUUCUUAUGAGGACAUGAGAGAAAUUGUGUGCAUCAAGAAGCUACGGCCUUCAUUCCCCAAUCGAUGGAGCAGCGAUGAGUGUCUCAGGCAGAUGGGGAAGCUUAUGACAGAAUGCUGGGCUCAUAAUCCUGCCUCCAGGCUGACGGCCUUGCGAGUUAAGAAAACACUUGCCAAAAUGUCAGAGUCCCAGGACAUUAAGCUCUGACGUCAGAUACUUGUGGACAGAGCAAAUGAUUUCACAGAAGCAUCAUUAGCCCAAGCCUUGAACAUUGUCCUACAGCCCAGUGGGUUCAGACUUCCCCCCUCAGGAAGCAAGCUGGACAAACAUGGAUUCAUCACGGCUUUCUGAGGAUGGGAAACCUUUGGGAAAACUUGUUCAAAUUAUGAUGCAUGUUGCUUUCUAAGAAAGCCCUGUAUUUUGGGAUUGACUUUUUUUUUUUUUUUUAAAGAAAGAUACUUUUAAUUUUACCAAAAUAAAACAAAUAUUGUAGAUGUUUUAAGGUUUAUACAACUAUAGCUUAAAUGAUAACAAAAGUUCUUCCUAGCAACUCUCCUAGAAGGCAAAAUGCUUAACCAUUGGCAAAAAUUCCUGCACCGUACAAACCCAAACAGCCUGUGAACAUAAGUCAGAAUUCAACCGACUUGCUUCCCUGCUCCAGCCACCUUAGACUGUUCGGGGAAGCCCUGCUGUGGGCUAUGGUGCAGUGUGAAAGCACAGGCAAACAAGUCCCACCUGCCUAGGACCACACUUUGGAGUCCUGCAGCUUCAGCCGGCGUGGAACAAACGAAGGCUUUAUGUCACUAAUCGCAGUAUAUGGUGGUGGGUGUUCUUCAGAACAACUCCUCUUUUGUAAUAGGCAGCUCUUUCAGGUACCCCCUCCCCCCUUCACUAAACACAAGCAGAGCUUUCUCAUUUGCAGGGAAUCGACACGGGCAUGCUUUUGUUCCCGCAAAUCAGAAGAUCAAUAUUAAAUAAAAACCGCCACAAGUGUGGUAGAGACAAGGUACUUUAAAAUGGAAAUGAUUUGCUCUUGUGUUGUAAGGAAAACAUGCCAAUAAGGCAGGGCAGAGGUUGAAUGUGUAGAUAGAUGGCUUGUUUCUUAUUUAUGCAUGAGAACCAAUCGCAGAAGCACAGGUAAGAAGUAGACACAUCAUAGUUUAUAUAGAUACAUGUAGUUUUAUGUUGUCUUUUCUAAGUCUCUGAUUUAAGAGGCAGAGAGGAAGCAUCUGGUGAGUUAACAUCACUAAACUUUAACUUAAAAACAAGCUCCAGGUACCUGAACAGAGGAGGAUGAUGAAGGUCAUCAAGCAUCAUGGCUGCUGUGAUUUCUUCUAGUGGAGAUAGGGCUCUGGUAUGGACCUCUUAAGUGAUUCUUUCACACCUUAGGUAUGACUCAUUCAUUCUAAUGUGCAUUAACUUAUUUUGUUUCUCCUUUAUAGCACAGGUACAAAAAUACAUCUUGUUAAUCAGUCCUGUGAGGGUUUAACUUUGACUAAAUGAGCAAAAUCAUUGAUAAGACCAAUAUUCCUUAGAAACAGGAUUAUAAUAAAGUGUAAAAUGGCACACAACUUCAGUUAUUUAGUUUCCUUAAUGAAUCUUUUUUCA